CAGUCGGAUGUUUCAGCUCGCACGUCGUCAGUUUCCCGCGAUGGCUCGCCAGGAGCAGUAGAAGCAGCAGACGCCAAGGCGGCGGCGACGAGGGCGAGCGUAAGUGCACAGAGUACGGCAGGUGGAAUCGCACUCCCGAGGGGCGAGCAGCACGUUCGUUGGACUUGGAUACCCGUCCGAGUGGAUAGCCAAUGUGUGCCGAACGCCGCCUCUGAGAGCAGCGGCACUGAGCUCCGAGCUCUUGGCACAGCGGCAACCUGGUCGUGUCGGCGGAGGCGGGGGCGGGGGCGGAGGAACGCUGUCGCUUGGCAGUGACGUUUGCGGGUACUGAUACCGAUACGGAUACGCGUCACGCUGCGAUUUGCUAUUGUGUCGCAUCGCCCUGGCCAAUCAGGCGCAGACCUUUCGGGCCAUCCUCCCUAUUUAAAUUUUUCAACUGCUCGACAGGACUGACUUGCUUGCUGUAAUGGCACAACUCUUGACGAUGCGCGAGACCCAUUACGUUAGCAUGACCGACAUAGAUGCAAGUGCUCAACAGCAACAACACCUCCAAAACGUGCAGAGGUUGCAACACGAAAGCUGCCUUCAGGAGUUGCAUAAUCAACUAAACAGCCAGUUUGGGACAGCUCGAUUUGCGGCACCGAAUCCUCACCAUCAGCAGCAGGCAGUUUCAAUAACUUCCGGAAACUUGGUUCCAUUUCUUCCGGCCUUCCUACAACCCCCAAUGCCUGCUCAACAACUUUUGCAGCUAAUUCCCGGCCAUGGGAGUCCCCAAACUGUCGCCCACCACGGUCACCCGUUAAAUGAGCCAUCCAGCGCACACAAAAUGGCUCUAGCUCCUAUGUGGUCCACUGCGGCGGUGGCGGCUGCGCACAUUCAGGCCGCUCUGGCGGCUGCAGCGGUAGCAGCUGCCAAUAAUAAUAAAAGCAGCAACAAUUUUUCUAGCAACAACAACGUACUGCCUUCAUCGGCCAGUGUUAAUGAGCCAUCGAGCGCAGACUCCUCCGCCUCUCUACCACUAAUGGAGAUCGGAGAAAUGAGAAGGGGCGGGAAUGGAGGAGCCUGCUUGUCAAGGCCAGAGUCCCCAGCAUACGAAAACCCACCUUAUUCAAUCCUCUCUUAUAGCCACAACACACCUCCGGAAUCGCCACAUGGUCGAACAGCUGAAUGUCCCAAGAACUUUCCACCAUCGCCGACGGACAAUCACAGCAUGGCAAGCCUAUCCGAAGCCCAAGACUCGGAAAUGGAUGCUCCAUUGAAUCUCAGUAAGCCAAAGGGAUCGCCCAGUUCUUCGCCGAACAGUUCUUCUCAAAGGGACCACAGCGAAAGCCUUACUCCCGUGGUGUCCAGUCCACCCCUUAGCUGGCAUCAAGGGCAAAAACAUUAUGCCGAGAUAGAGUCGCCUCUUUUAAAGAGUCAUGGGAGAGUAUGGAACUCAGCUGUCGUCGGUUCAGGAGGAUCACGUGCAACGCGCAUGAGUCGCGACUCGGUAAAUAGCUGUGGCACAAAUUCAGAACGAUCUGCUGCACUGGACCCUGAAAGCAUCAACACAGGUCAAAUUGGCUCUGUACCUCCGUCGCCGUCAUCACACCCACUAAGACAAGGCAAUGGUCAUGGGCAUGGACACGGCCAUAGCCACGGGCACGGGCACAACAAGCCGCAUAUAAAAAGACCCAUGAAUGCGUUCAUGGUGUGGGCAAAAGACGAACGAAGAAAGAUAUUGAAGGCGUGCCCGGAUAUGCAUAAUUCGAAUAUAUCGAAAAUUCUGGGUGCUCGCUGGAAAGCAAUGUCUAAUGCCGACAAGCAGCCAUAUUACGAAGAACAGUCAAGGCUCUCGAAACUUCACAUGGAACAGCAUCCCGAUUAUCGCUACAGACCACGACCGAAGCGCACCUGCAUCGUGGAUGGCAAAAAGAUGCGUAUUUCCGAGUAUAAAGUCCUCAUGCGUAAUCGGCGGGCUGAGAUGAGGCAGCUUUGGUGCCGGACAAGCGGAGUCAGUGGUGGCUCAGGAAGUGCCUGCGUCGAUGCCUGUCCAAAGGGACACCCCGGGGAAUCAAGUGCUCAAACAGCAGUCGCAACCGCUGCAGCUGUAUACCAUUUGCAGGACAUGGCAUCUGCAGCAGGUUCUACCGUUCACGGGAACGACUGUGGGCACACGCCCCCUCAACAGUUCUUCUACCCGCCAGAAAGCUUAUCGCCCUCCGGCUUUUCUUCCGACGAAGGAGAAUUGCCAUCUCAGCGUGAGCUGGACGAUUAAGAUGGCGAUUACCAAAAGCCAAUAACGGGAUAGUGACAAUUCUGACUAGACGUACUAGUUCGCCGCAUUGAAAAGGAGGAAAAUAAUCAAAUAUAAUCAGCUUUGUAAAUACAAAACGGUUAGGAUAGUCACUGUUUGAUUUAGCUAUAUAAGUUUCAGUUCAAGUGCCAUUACACGCGUAUAAAUAUAGAUAAUUUGUGAAACCAUAGUUACCAAGACAUUCGGUCUUGGGAACCUUGCAAUUUUUGUGCCAUUUACGCACCAAUGCUGUAGCCAUAGAAAUUCAAUCCAGUUUAGAAGUACUCAAAUAGAUAGUAUCGUUUAAUAUUUGUAAAAUAUACACACUUAAUUAGAUUCAUAUGUAAAUGUCAAAUUUGUAUGCGUCCAAAUACUCGAACGUAGUGUAAUAGAAGCCACUUAAAUACAUAAGUAUGCAUAUAUUCACUUAGUCGUAUAUUUUAAUGAUUACUUUCGAGUUAAUUAUAUAAAAUGACGUGUGUAUAUUUAGUAAACACAUCGCUAUGUUGUUAUAAUAACUUAAUAGUAUUCCUAUUCCGGCAGUAAGCCGAUUUUUCAUAUUGCUGGUGUUCAUUAUGCUGGUGAUCUUAAAUACAUAUUUUCAAAAUAAAAUUCACAAAAUGUAUUGUGUUUGAAAAAAAUGUCAAAAUGUGCAAUCAGUAAAAAUAUAAUUUACAGCUAACCUAAUUAAUUUUCAACUUUACCAAUGCAAUCGAAUCAAAAUGCGCAUGCUCUAAAAUAUAAAUUUUAAACUGUU